AUGGGACUCGAAAAAUUUAACCCUUUCAAAAAGGAUAGUCCGACAUUUCCCAGCGUUGUCAUACCACUCGCCGAUGCGCCUGUCCACUCCCUCUCGGAAAAGAUAGACAAGGAGUCCAGCCAGAGCUCGGACCGCUCGUCUUCCUCGGAGAAUGGUGCUGCUGGCUCCAAAGAUCCAACUCAUCUGACCCUCGAAGCCCUUCGUGCAGAAAUCGAGUCUGAUAUUUCCACGGCUACCCAUGACUCUGCCUAUGACCGCAAGGCAAAGGUGAUCAACAGAGCCCUGCAGGAUAUCGGCAUGGGCCGGUAUCAAUGGGAGCUGUUCUUCCUUUGUGGUUUUGGUUGGACAGCAGACAACCUUUGGCUUCAGGGAGUUGCCCUGACGCUGACCCCUAUCUCCUACGAAUUCGGACUCUCCGAUACGUGGGUGCGUUUUACCACUUGUGCUUUAUUCUUAGGUCUCUGUAUUGGUGCCUCAUUCUGGGGUAUUGCGUCUGAUAUUGUUGGUCGUCGUCUUGCUUUUAACACCACUCUAUUUAUGGCUGGUGCCUUUGGUCUGGCUGCCGGUGGUGGCCCUACUUGGAUUGGUACAUGUGCUCUGUUCGCUUGCUUGGGUCUUGGUGUAGGUGGUAACCUGCCUGUCGAUGGUGCUCUUUUCCUGGAGUUCCUCCCCUUUGUCUCCGGCAACAUGUUGACCAUGUUGAGUAUCUGGUGGCCUUUUGGCCAACUAAUCGGCAGUCUGCUUGCAUGGGCUUUCAUUCCUAACUUCAGCUGCACUAGCUAUGAAGGUUGCACCAAGGAGAACAACAUGGGCUGGCGCUACCUGGUUCUCACUCUGGGUGCCAUCACUUUUGUCAUGUUCAUCCUACGUUUCUUCUGUUUCCACUUGUACGAGUCGCCCAAGUUCCUGCUCUCCCGUGGCCGCCAGGAAGAAGCCGUCGCCGCUAUUCAUGGCAUUGCCCACAAGAACGGCACUAAGACCUGGUUGACCAGCGAGAUCCUCAACGAAAUUGGUGGUCAUGUCGAGGUGCACGAGAAAGAGACAGGGCUCCCUUACUCUCAAAUCGUGGGCCGUUUCUUCUCCAAAUUUUCAAUGGAGCGCAUUGCGCCCCUGUUCGCUAACAAGCGCAUGGGCUGGAAUACCGUUCUGCUCUGGUUCUGCUGGGCCACCAUCGGCAUGGGUUACCCUCUCUUCAACGCUUUCCUGCCGCAGUACCUCUCCAAAUCCGGUGGUGAGACCAACUCGAACUACAUCACUUACCGCAAUUACGCCAUCACCUCUAUCGUUGGUCUUCCUGGCUCUCUUCUGGCUUGCUGGACGGUCGAGCUCAAGUACAUUGGUCGCAAGGGCACCAUGGCAAUCUCCACCUUGAUCACCGGUGUGUUGCUGUUCUGCUUUACCGUAUCUACGAACUCAGACAUCCAGCUUUUAUGCAGUUCUCUCGAGGCCUUCUUCCAGAACAUUAUGUACGGUGUCCUGUUCGCCUACACCCCCGAGACCUUCCCUGCUCCGAACCGCGGUACUGGCACUGGUAUCUCCAGCUGCUUGAACCGUAUCACUGGUCUCUGUGCUCCCCUUGUCGCUAUAUAUGCCGGUAGUGCGAACCCCAACUCGCCCAUCUAUGCGUCCGGCGGGUUGAUUCUGGCUUCUUUUGUAGCUAUGUGUCUUCUACCCAUUGAGACUCGGGGUAAGCAGACCCUUUAA